GGCUGCGCAGCGCCGGCGGGUUGUCCCAGCGCCACCACCCCCCCCCCCCCCUCCUUCCAGUCUGUGCGGUCCGGCGGGGACCUUGGGAGCCGAGGAGGAGCCCGCUGCAGCGGCUGCGGGAGGAGGCCCCUGGUCUGCGUCUGCGGUUGCCAGGUAGGCGGGUGUGAGAGGCCCGAUCCUCCUGAUUGUCGAGAGGCCAUCCCGUCGCCGGCGGCACAAUGCUGUCCCCUCAGAGGGCUUUACUUUGCAACCUCAACCACAUCCACCUCCAGCAUGUCUCUCUGGGCCUGCACCUGUCCCGCCGUCCUGAGCUACGGGAGGGGCCCUUGAGCACGUCCCCUCCCCCAGGGGACACCGGGGGCAAGGAGAGCCGGGGCCCCUGCAGCGGGGCCCUGGUGGAUGCCAAUUCCAACAGCCCAGCCGUGCCCUGCCGCUGCUGCCAGGAGCACGGGCCAGGCUUGGAAAACCGGCAGGACCCGGCCCAGGAGGAAGAGGGGGCUGCCUCCCCCUCGGACCCGGGCUGCUCCUCCUCGCUCAGCUCCUGCUCAGAUCUUAGCCCUGACGAGACCCCCGUCUCCGUGUACUCGCGGGGCCUCCCUGGCGACGAGCAUGUCCGCCCUCGGCCCAGCAUCACCCCCCUGGAGCAGGGCUCCCCACUGGCUUCCGCAGGCCCUGGCGCCUGCUCCCCGGACAGCUUCUGCUGCUCGCCCGAUUCCUGCUCCGGAGCGUCCUCCCCUCCGGGCCCUGGCCUGGACUCCAACUGCAACGCCCUGACCGCCUGCCUGGAGCCCCCCUCCCCGGGGCUGGAGGAAGACGACGAGGGUGGGGAGCAGGACCUCCCUGCCUCCGAGCUCCCAGAGGCGGAUGAUGAUGAUGGGAAAACCGACGCUGGGAAGACGGAACCCAGCUGGAAAAUCAACCCUAUCUGGAAAAUUGACACGGAGAAAGCGGAAGCCGGCUGGAGAAUCGCGGAGAACAAUAACUCUAGCUGCAAAAUCAGUGGGCAUAGUAACUCCAGCUGGAAAACGGAACCCGGACAACUCGACUCCGGGCGCAAAACCGCCUCGGGGGUAGCCGACCCCGGCUGGAAAGCAGACGCGGGGAGAGCCGAGGCGGGGUGCAGGCGUGACGUCAGCGAGGAGCCGGCGGCUCGCCGGACCGUCACGUCUUUCCACGAGCUGGCCCAGAAGCGCAAGCGGGGCCCGGGGCUGCCCCUCGCGCCGCAGGUCAAGAAGGACCGCAGCGACUGGCUCAUAGUCUUCUCGCCCGACAGCGAGCUGCCCCCCAGCGGCUCCCUGGGCGGCUCCCCGGCGCCGCCGCGGGAGGUCACCACCUUCAAGGAGCUGCGGUCCCGGAGCCGCGCCCCGCCCCCGCCGCUGCCGCCCCGCGACCCCCCGGCUGGCUGGGCCCUAGUGCCGUCCCGGCCCCCGCCCCCGCCCGUCCCGCCGCGGAGGAGGAAGAACCGGCCCGGGCUGCAGCCCAUCGCCGAGCGGCCGCCCGAGGAGGGCAGGCCGGGCAGCCCCGCGGCUGGAGAGCAGGCCCCGGCCGCCCGGGAGCCCGAGGAGCCGGGCGCGCAGGCCGGCCGUGCGGCCGGUGCCCCCCCGCCGCCGCCGCCGCCGCCCGCCCCCCGGGCCGCGGCCGACGCGCGCCCCCUGCUGGAAGGCGCGGGCGCGGUGGGAACCCCGCCUCGGGCCGGCCCGCCCCGCGCGGGACUGCGGCUGCUGCCCGUGCGCCUGUCCCCGGUGGGCGCGCACUCGCCCCCGGCCCGGGGGGCCCUACCCUGCCUGGCCAGCCCCGAGCUGGCACUGCUGCUGUCCCCGCUCUUUCCCAGAAGCAGCACCUUCCCCGCCGCGGCCCCCCCGCCCCGCCAGGUGCCCGCCCCCCCGCUGCCACCGCCGCCGCGCCCGCCGAAGGCCCCCGGCCGGACCAGGAGCCCGCCGCCUCCGCCCAGGCUACGUAAGACGGACCCGGGCCCGCCCGCCCCCCGCGCCCGCCCGCCCGCCUGCCCGCCUGCCGCGGGGCUGGGCCCUGGGCCUCGAGCCCGGAGCUCCUGGUCGUUCGCCGGCGCCCCCGGGGCCCAGCGACGGUGGAUGGCAGAAACCCAGGGUGGGGCCGGCCAGCUGCAGGAGCAGAAGAAAGGGCUCCUGAUAGCCGUCAGCGUCUCGGUGGAUAAGAUCAUCUCGCAUUUUGGGGCCGCCCGGAACUUGGUUCAGAAGGCGCAGCUGGGGGACAGCCGGCUGAGCCCAGACGUGGGGCACCUGGUGCUGACCACCCUCUGCCCGGCCCUCCACGCCCUGGUGGCCGACGGGCUGAAGCCUUUCCGGAAGGACCUCAUCACCGGGCAGCGCCGGAGCAGCCCCUGGAGCGUGGUGGAGGCGUCGGUGAAGCCAGGCUCCGGCACCCGCUCGCUGGGGACCCUGUACAGCCAGGUCAGCCGUCUGGCCCCGCUGAGCAGCAGCCGCAGCCGCUUCCACGCCUUCAUCCUGGGCCUCCUCAACACGAAGCAGUUGGAGCUGUGGUUUUCCAGCCUCCAGGAAGACGCAGGCCUGCUGUCCCUCCUGUAUCUGCCCACCGGCUUCUUCUCCUUGGCCCGCGGCGGCUGCCCCGCGCUGACCACCGAGCUGCUCCUGCUGCUGCAGCCGCUGUCCGUGCUCACUUUCCACCUGGACCUGCUCUUCGAACACCACCACCACCUGCCCCUGGGCCCGCCUCCCACCGCCCCCGCCCCGGGCUCGCCUCCGGCCCUGCAGCACACCGUGCGGGCUGUGCUGCACUGGGGGGGGCGGCUGGCCCAGAGCCUUCGGGGGGCUUCCGGGGAGACGCCUCCAGGCCCUUCAGCUCCCGCGAGCCCCCCCGCACCCGGCGGCUGGUGGGAGCAGCUGACCCAGGCCUCCCGGGUCUACGCGUCCGGGAGCGGCGAGGGCUUCCCUCUCCCCCGGUGGAGGUCCUGGCGUCCCUCCGGCACCGCCGAAGGCGCCCAGGACGGGCCCCUGCCCGCGGAGGAAGCGGCACCAGGCAGAGGCGUGUGGCUGGGGAGACUGUUUGGGGCGCCGGGGGGCGUCACAGAAGCCGACGGUGGAGCCUUGAAGUCCAGGAGACCGUCCAGCUGGCUGCCGCCGACAGUGAGCGUGUUGGCUCUGGUGAGGCGGGCGCCACCUCCCGAGACUCUGUCUUCCCCCGAGGAGCCUGAGGCCGCAGCCCCGAGCGCCCCGCAGACCCACAGGGCAGUGCGCGCGCUCUGUGACCACACGGCCGCGGGACCCGGUCAGCUGAGCUUCCGGCGCGGGGAGGUGCUGCGAGUCCUGGGCACCGUGGACGAGGACUGGCUCCGCUGUGGGCGCGAUGGCGCCGAGGGGCUGGUGCCCGUGGGGUACACGUCUCUGGUCCUCUAGGCCGAGGGCCUUUCCGGCUGCGUCGCCCCCCCGGGAACGGUGACCUGUGCAGGCGCCGCAGAAGCAUUGGCCUGUCUGCAAUAUGACCUGUCGCCCCCCCCCCCGACCCCCCCGCGUCCGUGUCUGCCGAUGUGAGAUCCGCUCUCCAUCCUCCCUGAAACCUGCUCGUCUUCUAAGUACGAAAGGAAUUUCCCUCCACCUCCCUCCUCUUCCCACCUGCGUAAGGAACCGUUUCCCUUCCCAGCCGCACCUCUGCCUUCGUCGUCUGCGAGCGGACCGUCCCCACACUGGAAGGGCCUGGUCUCUUUCCUGCGCAUGGACACCCCGCAGCGCCCACGUUGCUUGUAUUUAUUCUGUGCUCCCGACCCCCCUGCUGGGUGGGCCCGUGGUGCCGGUCCGCCCGCCCCUCCUUUGUCCCAAUAAAGUGUGGGCGCUGAA